GCUGCUGCAAACAGUCCGGAGGGGGCAGCUAUUACAGGCGAAUAUAGGAGAUGGGACAACCCAUCAUACAUAAUUAGGGGGGGAAACACAAUAUUUUAUACACUUAUGUACAUGCUGAUAAUAUACAUUUCCGUCUCCACGCAGGUGUAGUGACAGGAUCAGCGUCCCGUUUAUAGGAUACAGGAAUUGGUCUUCACAAACAUGGCCGCCGCCGGGUUACUACAUGUGUCGAACUGAGGACACUUCUUUUUUUUUUUAUUAUUAUUAUUUCAUUUUUGUUAUUUACCAUUGAUUUGAUUAACUUUAGCUAAAAAGAGACGCGUGCACUUCGUACAGCCGACAGGGAUGGCCGGAUAACAGAAAUUUCGCUAUCGAGGCAUUUUGACCCAUUCUACUUUCCGUACCCAGGCCAAACGAAAGUUGUGUCUAUUCGUAGCCUUGGGAAGUUAAUUGCAUCUCCAGCGUGAAAUGUCAUUCUUCCCAAAGAUACGUCUGAGGAAGGAAGUGGAGGAUUAUCUGCGUAAUGUGUAUCACAACAAUGAGCUCGUGGCCGCAUUGGGCGCAGAUGAAGCAGAGAGAAGGUUUGUACGUCUGCAGAAUCAUCUGUCCCAUCCACCAUCUUUUACUACUGUCCGUGUAAACACAAGACUGAUCUCCGUGGACAACGCGAAGCAGCUCCUUAGGGAAGAAAUAGACAAGCAAUUCCCAGGCGGCAUCAUCCCAAUUCAUCCACAUCCUCAGCUUAGUGACCUCUUACUAAUUCCCGUCAUUGGGCCAAGGAGAGCUCUGAAGCAACAUCCAGUACAAGUGAUUGUUGGAGCACAAUGUGGCAGUGCUGUCCUCAGAGGGGCCCAUGUUUACUCCGCCGGGAUCAUGUCUGCCUCAAAAUGGAUGAAGGUGGGCGACAAAGUCUCUGUAUUCUCCGACAUUGAGGGACAGUGUAAGCGGGGCGCCACUGAGUUUGACGGAGCAAAAGUUUUCGUCGGCAACGGAAUUUCAGAAUUGAGUCGUUCCGACAUUUUUUGUUCAAACGUCCCGAUAAAGGGAAAAGGCAUCAGGAUGACAGAACCCUUGUACUUGAGUCCAUCUUUUGAUAAUGUCCUUCCUGAAUACAUAUUUUUGCAGAAUUUACCAUCCGCUGUGGUCAGCCAUGUUUUAAAUCCUCAUCCCGGUGAACGAGUGUUGGAUAUGUGCGCCGCUCCUGGAGGAAAGACCACGCACAUUGCUUCUCUCAUGAAUGACCAGGGAGAAGUCAUCGCAAUGGACAAGAUAGCCAACAAAGUGGAGAAGAUAAAGCAAAAUGCUUCCGCACUACAGCUCAGUAGUAUCCAGACUUAUUGUUACAAUAGUACUAAGGCCGUGAAUCACAACACAAGUGACUGUAGUCAAGGUCCAGGUCCUCCAUUCCCUCCAGAGUCUUUUGAUCAUGUACUUUUAGAUGCCCCAUGUAGUGGAAUGGGACAAAGACCUAAUAUGGCCUGUGCUUUAUCACUGAAGGAAUUAACAUCUUAUCAGCCUCUGCAGCGGAAACUCUUCAGUACCGCGGUGUCCUUAUUAAAACCUGGCGGCACACUGGUUUACAGCACAUGUACCAUAACUUUAUCUGAAAAUGAAGAACAAGUGGCCUGGGCCCUAAAGACAUUUCCCUGCCUCCAACUUCAGGCACAGGACCCACACAUUGGAGGAGAAGGGAUGCUGGGCGCAGGAUUGUCCCCCGAUGAGCUGAAGCUCCUGCAGAGGUUUGAUCCGUCCCUCGCUAAUCUAUGUUACAUAAAUGAUGGGACCUGUGACGGCACGGACCGGACUCCGCUCGCAAACACGGAUACAAUCGGUUUCUUCAUUGCUAAAUUUGUAAAAACAAAUAGUUGACUUGUCUCUUAAAGGGGUUCUCCGGUGCUAAACAUCUUAUCCAUUAUCAAAAGGCUAGGGGAUAAGAUGUUAGAUCACGGGGUUCCCGCUGCUGGGGACCCCCGCGAUCUCCGGGCCGGCAGCAUCGGCGUCCAGAACACGGGAGCGUGGAGCUCCCAUGUUCGUGACGUCACGUCCCCUCCAUUCAUGUCUAUUUAGCUAGUAUGUAGCCGUCACAACUCCUCCCAUAGACCUGAAUGGAGGGGGCGCGGCGGCUAUAGUCGCCAGUCAUCCGGCACGGAGCGGAGUUCGCUCCGUGCACGGAUGACCGGGGUGCCGUGCCAGCGGCGGAAUCCCCGCGAUCUAACAUCUUAUCCCUUAUCCUUUUGAUAGGGGAUAAGAUGUUUUGCGCUGGAGUGUGAUUGUGCCGUGCGGGUGAAGCCGUGCAUCCUUCAGGUGGUGCAGCCGCCGCUGCCUCAGCGUUACCACGACAACUAAUGAAUGUCUCUGUUGCCAUAGAAGCAGACAGUCUGCCGGCUGUUCUUUUUGCAAUCAGCUACUACGGCGUCCGCAGGUUAAAGGAAUUACUGGGGGGCUUUAUGGGGCCGCGGAUAGUUCUGUGUACAUCAAUACAAUACAUCCAGGGGAUUUGUCAAGGACAAAGAGUAAUUCAGUCUUUUAACAUAUACUCACUGUUUACAUGGCCACCGAAAACCUGACCGGGUACUGACUGUUAAUGGAAUAAGUGGCUCUUUAUAAUACACUUGGCUUAUACUCCAUAUGCAUAUCAGCAAGAAGCUGUGACAUUAAAGGGGUAUUCCGGUAUUAGAAAAUUAUAUUAAAAUAAGACUAUCACCCUAAGAUAUAUAACUUACUUAUAUAGUGUUAUCACUAUUUGUACUUGCUUCAGCAUUCUUUUGCAUGCUUCACCACUGAGAGGAAGUUGUGUAGUCCUCUCAUUGCCAGUGUGGUGUUGUCUCAGGAGGCCUCUGGCUCCUUCCUCUCUUCCAUGACCACACAUCAUCCUCUGCUGUCUCGGGGGGCAUGACUGGAUCGUGUCUCUGUGCUCUAGCCCGGCCCCCUGAGUAACGGUUCCACCUCUGAUCAGCGCCCCUCCAGCCUACAUCACCGACUCCCUGUUCUAUACAUAUGUAUCUUAAUUGGGAUAUUUAGGGAAGAAUUACAUGUGUUUACAGCAAGUCUACAAAAACUGCUCUAUUCAUUCCCUGUCUGCUCCUCUGCCUGUGGCAUUGUCCAGCCCAAGGCAGCAUGCUGUAAACCUGUGUUUCCCAACCAGGGUGCCUCCAGCUGUUGCAAAACUACAACUCCCAGCA